GAGUCUCUGUAAAUUCUCUGCUGCGAGUCAAACCCUCGCCGAAUCGAAAUUCUCGCCUCCGGGCUCUCGUGCGCGUCGCGCGGCGAGGCUCCGUCCGCGGCGGCGGCGGCGGUGGCCGGCGGAUCCUCCUCCUGUGGCGGUCGGAUUCCGGCGCCGGCGCGGAGGCCUUCUUUUGUGAUCGGGGAGAAAGCGCGCUCUUUUGCAUGGCGUGAUCAGCGCAUUGUCCUUUUCCCCUUCUUCCUCGCCUCCCCUGGAGCGCCGUCGACAGGUGACGUUGCCGUAAAUCAGAAGAUAUAAUCAUCAGGAGUAGUAUUUCUGGAUCAGUUGAUGGCUCCACAUGUUAAGGUGUGCCAGGCGUUUGCAGCCACGAGGGCUUUGGGCAUUCCUGAUGAGGAGGUGAAGCCAAUUUUGAAGCAGCUUUUAAGGGUAUACAACAAAAAGUGGGAACUAAUAGAAGGAGAGAAUUUCCGGACACUCAUAGAUACAUAUUAUGAGUCCAAAGAAGAUAAGAAUAUAGGUGAUGGAAAUGGGAGUAAUGCAGGGCAAGAUGGUUAUGAAAGACCAUCUAAGAGGCUGCACCUUGAAAAGCAGGAAAACCAGCACAGCAACUCAGCGAACCAGACAAGCUCUUCAUCUAGUGAAGAGAUGGCUUCUAGGAAAGCAUCCGCAUCCUCUCCAACUUUAUAUAGUAACUCAACUGGGGAGGCUGGACUAGGUCAGAUUUCAGAAGUUCUGCCUGGUAAAAUUUUUAAGAAAGAGCUUAGUAGGGCAAAAGCAAAUUCCAUCACAACAUUGCCUCCUUUGACUGAGUCUACCCGACUAGGCCAUUCAGAUCAACAUUCUCCAUUGGAUUCAGAAGCUAAAUCAUCUGCUGACAUCAUAAGAAAUGUCUCAAACUCCAAUGGGAUUACUGGUCCAAACACAAAGGUUCUAAGUGAUUUGGGAAAGGACUCAGAAGUUUCAAAUUCAAUUGCUAGUACAAGUUCAAGCGGUCCUACCAAUGCUCGUCGCCGUCAUUGCAGUUCACGAAAAGGCUGUUUUAUCAACCUCACUGACAUAACCAAAGGUGCUGAAAAAGUGAAAAUUUCUCUGGCAGAUGAUCCUAGAAACGAGCACCUUCCUGCCUUUAAUUACAUACCACAUAACAUAAUUUACCAAAGUGCUCAUGUGCAAAUUUCACUGGCUCGUAUUGCGGAUGAGGAUUGCUGUUCAAGUUGUAUGGGUGACUGUCUCUCCUCAGAACUGCCAUGUGCUUGUGCCCGUGAAACUGGUGGGGAGUUUGCCUACACACCAGUAGGUCAGCUCAAGGAAGAGUUUCUAGAAUCUUGUAAAUCAUUGAAAGUGAAUCCCCAAGAGAAGGAUUUUGUAUACUGUCAAGAUUGCCCAAUAGAGAGGUCUAGGAAUGAUUCAAGACCUGAAAAAUGCAAGGGCCAUCUGAUUCGCAAGUUUAUUAAAGAAUGCUGGAGAAAAUGUGGAUGUGAUAUGCACUGUGGAAAUAGAGUAGUACAGAGAGGGAUAACGUGUAAGUUGCAAGUUUUCUUAACUGAAGAAGGAAAAGGCUGGGGUGUCAGAACACUUGAGGAAUUACCUAAGGGAACAUUUGUUUGUGAAUAUGUUGGGGAAAUAGUGACAAAUACAGAGCUAUAUGAUCGUAAUAUGCAAAAAAAGGGCCGUGAGAGACAUACAUAUCCAGUAAUGCUUGAUGCAGAUUGGGGAUCAGAAGGACACUUGCAGGAUGAAGAGGCUCUGUGUUUGGACGCAACGUAUCAUGGCAAUGUUGCCAGGUUCAUUAAUCACAGAUGUUUUGAUGCAAACUUGAUAGAUAUUCCGGUUGAAGUAGAGACACCUGAUCGACACUAUUAUCACAUUGCAUUUUUCACUGCCCGAAAAGUUGGUGCUUUUGAAGAGUUGAAUUGGGAUUAUGGUAUUGAUUUUGAUGAUAAAGAUCAUCCUGUGAAGGCCUUCAAAUGCUGUUGCAAAAGUUCACAUUGCCGAGAUAUGAAAAGAAGGAAGUAGAUCAGGAGUUGCGAUUCUCACCCAACAACCAGUGGCUGACCUAGCUGUACAAAAUGCCAUCAGGAUAGGUUUUCUCACCCAGCCCUACUGGCCGGGUUUCUUUACUGAAGGCAAAUGACAAUGGCUUACCAGCUCGGAAAAUAUUUUUCGCCGAUUAAGAAUUUGGCAUAUGUUUGAUUCCUUGGAGACUUUGCAUUCUGAAGAUCAGGUAUUACUUUGUCAGCUCUAGUCAGCUGGCAAGGUGUGAAAAUGCCCGCACGAAGGGUGUGACAAGCAUCUAAUUAACUUCUGACCUCAAUGGCGGGACUUGUUUAUUAGGUGAAUAUCGUUUUAAAUCUAGGAUAUCAAUUAUGUUUAGGCUCGUACAUAGGCAAGGAUUGGUUUUGUGCUUUCGCAUUGUUAAGGGUGCAUUUGGUAAGCAUUCUAUUUUCGGGAACAAUUUUUACUUAGAAAUGAUUUUUUUUUUUAUAA